UCUCAGCAGCCCAGUCCUGCCAGUUCCAGCUCCAGCUCCAGUUCCAGUUUUGCACCAUCUCAGAACAGCAGACAACAAGGUCCAUUGAGGUCUAUAAUGAAAGAUCUUCAUUCAGAUGAUAAUGAAGAUGAUUCAGAUGAAGCAGAUGAAAAUGACAAUGAUUCUGAGAUGGAAAGACCUGUGAAUACUGGAGGAGGAAGCAGGAGUCGCAGGGUUAGUCUGAGUGAUGGAAGUGACAGUGACAGCAGUUCAGCUUCCUCACCACUACGUCAUGAACCAGCACUACCUUUACUGAAAACCAGCAACAACCAGAUUUUAGAAGUGAAAAGUCCAAUAAAGCAAAACAAAUCUGAUAAACAAAUAAAGAAUGGGGAUUGUGAUAAGGCCUAUCUCGAUGAACUAGUAGAGCUGCACAGAAGAUUAAUGACAUUGAGAGAGAGACAUGUACUGCAGCAGAUAGUAAAUCUUAUAGAAGAAACUGGACACUUUCAUAUCACAAAUACAACCUUUGACUUUGAUCUUUGCUCACUGGACAAAACCACAGUUCGUAAGCUACAGAGUUACCUGGAAACAUCUGGAACCUCCUGAGGAUUCAGCAUCUGGCUGCAUAAAAAAAAACUAUUCUUUAAAUGAAACAGUCAGAAUCAUGCAAUCAAAAUGGAAGGAAAAACCAAAACAACCCUCUUCAGCUUUAUUUUUCCUUAAAGCCAGUCAUCAUCUCUUGAUAAGGGAGAGGAAAAGUCAUGAGACUCAGAGGACCGCUCUUCUGAAGAAGAAAAUCCUCUGGAAGAGUUUGCCUGGAUAGCCUUGAAAAACAGACACACAAAAACAAACAACAAUACUUGGUCUUAAUGAAUGUGUAUGGUAUCAUGUAUCUCUCUCUGUGGUGUUCCAGUCCACAAGAUGAAUGCAUGUUCAACACACUGCCUUAUUACGUAACUGAUCUAUUUAUUACUGCAUACAUGUAUUCUGAAGUCAAUGAGUCAUUGAGUGACACUACCAGAUGUUGCAAGUAGUGGAGUCCCAUGUGUGCUCUUUUGAUACAGUACUAUCACAAGCCUAGCAACCUCAUUCAUGACAAAAUACCACUUCUUGCUCUCUUUCUCUAGUCACUUAAAACAUUACAGUCUUGUUUCCACUUCUGCAGUUCCAGGAAACAAGAUACAAAGUUGGGGACCAAGGAGUGGUCCUAUAUUUUGUUUCUGCAACAGUGGGUUGGACCAAAGCAGGUUGGACCACAGGUCCUUGACUCUAUC